AUCAGCCUAAUCGGUCCUUUCUUCUCUUCCUCUGCACCAAUUUUUCUUCCUCUUCAAGCCAUGUCAACCACUUCUUCCUCCUCUUCUUCCAACACCUCUGAUCUCAAACUUCCCAUGGCCACUAUUCUUCACAUGCUCACUAUCAAACUUUCUUCAACCAAUUACCUCUAUUGGCACAACCAAAUCAUUCCUCUCCUCGCGAAUCAGGGACUACUCGGCCACGUCGAUGGUUCCGUUUCUCAACCUCCGAAAACAAUUACCGCUGACUCCAAAGAGCAGCCUAACCCUGCCCACGCAGCCUGGUUCAUCGCUGACCAACAAGCUGUGCUUAUCCUCAACUCCUCAUUAACCGAGGAGGCCGUCGCCGAGAUACUCGGCUUAUCCACUGCUGCUCAAAUCUGGACCGCUCUCAAGGCGGCGUAUAGCAACACCUCCCUUGAACGGAUGCAUUUACUCCGUGAUAAUCUUCGUCAAUUAACCAAAGGUUCAUCCACCGUUGCUGAGUCCGGUCGCAAAUUUAAAGCCAUUUGCGAUCAGUUGUCGGCUAUCGGUCACCCCGUAAGCGACACCGACAAGACCCACCGGUUCCUUUGUGGACUUGGUUCCACUUUUGAAAGCUGGUCUACAGCCAUUCGCACCGCUCGCGACCCGCUCUCUUUCCGUGAUUUACUCACAAAAGCCGAAAGCCAAGAACAAUUCUUACACACUCUUCACCCGCCUACUCCUGCUCCGGUUGCAUUUGUUGCUCACCAGCCAAGAAAUCGGUCUCCCGGGUCUUCCACCAAUCGAUCUAGAUCUGGAUCCGCUUCCUAUUCUCGAGGACAGCAUCAACCGAACCCAUCCAAAGGCCCACGCAGACCACCACAUUGUCAAUUAUGUCGCACUAAUGGACAUUAUGCAAACAAGUGUCCCAAGCUAUCUUCUUUUGUGGCCUCUGCCUCGGGUGAUGAAGGACUUGCUCGUGCCUUCCAUGCCCAAUGCCAUGUUUCAGAAGAUGGCCCUGAUUGGACAGCCGAUACCGGCGCCGAUCUUCACAUGACCAAUGAUGCUGGACCGGAAAACAAGCCAACCUCUCGCUCAAGGUCGGUGUGAAAACGGUCUCUAUGUGCUUCGGGACAAGUCUUUUGCUUUUGUUGCUUCCACUUCGUCGAAUAAAGCCUCUUUUGAAUUAUGGCAUAAUCGUUUAGGGCAUGUUGCCUUUGAUACUAUUUCUGUUUUGAAAAGACUUGGUUAUUUAUCUUUUACUUCUAUUUUACCUAAGCCAAAUGUGUGUUCGCCAUGUCAACU